UGAAUAUAUCCACGUUUGCAGAUGUCGUAAUUCUUUAGUGGCCAUAGGCAAAGUGUGGCUCUGAUCAUCAGAGAGGGGAGCUGCCAAGGAGAGGGGAUCUCUGUAGGCCAUUACUCUAGACAUUGGAGCAUGGAGGAUCCUUGUUGUACCGAGGGGUACAGAGAUGCACUCACUUUUUUUUGGGGGGGGGGUUGAGGCAGGGCUUCUCUGUGUAGCCCCAGCUGUCCUGGAACUCACUUUGUAGACCAACCAGCCCCAAACACGCAGAUUCACCUGCCUCUGCCUCCUGUGUGAAUACUGUGCUUCUGCACAAAGCUACUGAUGCCUUGGCUCUCCUUGUUCUUUAUAGUGGCACAAGUGUGGAGCCCCAGGUGAGGGAGGAACAGCUAGACUUCUUCCUUCAGAUAGCUAUGGAGGAGACCAGUCAGAGACAGGGCACGCUUUUCUCAGAGUCACACAGCAAGUCCAGGGGCUGCAGAGAGCAUCAGGGAGCUGACAGACUGGUGGGGGAGCAAGGUAGAUGUUAGCCAGCAAGUCUGGGUUUGCUGGGCGCCUUCAUUCAUCUCCCUGAGCUUCAAUUUCUCCUCCUAUAAAAUGAGGACGAUCUCUAAUUUCCAUUAGGGUUAUGAGGUGGCUGAAGCCCAGGGUAGUGUCAGCACUGCUCUGAGAUCUAAGAAAACUAGUCCACCUCUCCUGCCAGGCACACGGGAAUAUGUAUGAGUAGGUGCACUGCAAAUUGCCCUUGACUUAGUCAAUACACUUUUUUUUUUUUAAAGAUUUACUUUAUUUAUACGAAUACCCCAUAGCUGUUUUCAGACGCACCAGAAGAGGGCAUCAGAUCCCAUUACAGAUGGUUGUGAGCCACCAUGUGGUUGGUGGGAUUUGAACUAAGGACCUCUGGAAGAGCAGUGAGUGCUCUUAACCACUGAGCCAUCUCUCCAGCCUGUCAAUCCACUUGUCAAUCCACUUCUUAGUCUCGGGUUUCUCUCUCGUGUGGGAGAAAUAAAGGAUGUGAAUGGCCCCUUUAAAUCAUCACAUGUGACAGCAAAUUGCCGGGAACAGCCUAAAGGUCAGCCAUCAGGAGCAAGUCCUCAACUUGCCUCCCCCACUGGAGCGCUACAUAGCUCGGCAAGGCCAAUCAGAGGCGGGGACAUCUACAUACCAACACAGUCCAGAGUAAGAACUGUAUAGAAAGCCUUGUGGAUGGGAUAGCAUGGCGGCUCGGUGGCUGAAGGCACUUGCUGCCAAAUUUGAUCCUCAGGGCCCACGUGAUGGAAGGAGAGAGCCAGCUCCUGCAAGUUGUCCUCUGAGCUCCAUGGACACACUAUGGAUGCUGUGCGCACGCUCAACACCCUGCAAACCAAUGCCAGCUGCCUGGAGGAGGUAAAGCGUCAACGGAGUGACCCUCAGGCGCAGCUAGAAGCUAUGGAGGUGUACCUCGCACGGAGUGGACUGCAGGUGGAGGAUUUGAACCAACUAAAAAUUAUCCAUGUCACUGGGACCAAAGGAAAGGGCUCCACCUGUGCCUUCACUGAACGGAUCCUGCGGAAUUACGGCCUGAAAACUGGCUUCUUUAGCUCUCCCCACCUGGUGCAGGUGCGUGAGCGGAUUCGAAUCAACGGGAAGCCCAUCAGCCCCGAACUCUUUACCAAGUACUUCUGGCACCUCUAUCAGCAGCUGGAGGAAUUCAAGGAUGACAGCCACAUUUCCAUGCCCUCUUACUUCCGCUUCCUCACACUCAUGGCUUUCCAUGUCUUCCUCCAAGAGAAGGUGGACCUGGCCGUGGUGGAAGUGGGCAUUGGUGGGGCUUUUGACUGCACCAACAUCAUCAGAAAGCCAGUGGUGUGUGGAGUCUCCUCUCUUGGCAUUGACCACACCAGUCUGCUAGGAGAUACAGUGGAGAAAAUAGCAUGGCAGAAAGGGGGCAUCUUUAAGCCUGGUGUCCCUGCCUUCACUGUGCUACAGCCAGAAGGUCCCCUGGCCGUGCUGAGGGAUAGAGCCCAGCAGAUCUCAUGCCCCCUGUACCUGUGUCCACCAUUGGAAGCCCUGGAGCAGGUUGGAUUGCCAUUGAGCCUGGGCCUGGAGGGAGAGCACCAGCGGCAUAAUGCAGCCUUGGCCUUGCAGCUGGCCCGUUGUUGGCUGGAGCAGCAGAACUACCAUGACUCAUGCCCCACAGACAUCCAGGAGCUGAAGGCAUCCAAGCCAAGCAUUCGGUGGCAGCUGCCGCUGGCACCUGUGUUCCGCCCCACGCCCCACAUGAGACGUGGGCUUCGGGACACAGAGUGGCCUGGUCGGACACAGGUACUCCAGCGGGGACCUGUUACCUGGUACCUGGAUGGCGCUCAUACCACCAGCAGUGUGCAGGCCUGUGUGCACUGGUACUGCCAGUCACUGGAGCGCAGCAGACGCACCGACGGUGGGCAUGAAGUACACAUCUUGCUCUUCAACUCCACUGGUGACAGGGACUCUGCUGCCCUACUGAAGUUGCUGCAGCCCUGCCAUUUUGAUUACGCUGUCUUCUGCCCCAAUGUGACAGAGAUUUCAUCCAUAGGAAACGCAGGCUUCCUGGGAAACGCUCACACCCACAUGGUGAGGGGCCCCAGGGGACACGUUGUAAAGAUGAGCGAGAGAGCUCUGGAGUUGGAGCACCAGGCGCUGCCUCCCAUGACAGUGAGCAGCAGGCUGCACUGGUCACGGUCCACCGUGUGGACAACCAACGGAGUCUGGUGCCGUGAUGCUUGUCGGGACCAGGAGCUAAGCAGAUGCUCACUGAGCCUGCGCCCCCUUUCCUCCCCUCCACUGACCUGCCUCGUUCUGGACCCCACAGACCAGCAGAACUUCACGGUGACUCUGGACCAAGUGCUCCUCCGCUGCCUGCAGCACCAGAAGCAUUGGAACUGCCUGGCAGAGAAACAGGCCAGCUCCAACCUCUGGGGCAGCUGUGGCCCAGAGUCUGCCCGGCCAGGCUCCCUGCUGCUGGCACCGCACCCACCUCAGCCCACUAGCACGAGCUCCCUUGUUUUCAGCUGCAUCUCCCACGCCUUGCAGUGGAUCAGCCAAGGCCGGGAUCCCAUCUUUCAGCCCGAGAGCCCUCCAAGGAACCUUCUGAACCACCCCACGGCCAACAGCGGGGCGAGCAUUCUCCGAGAGGCCGCUGCCAUCCACGUACUGGUCACGGGGAGCCUGCACCUGGUGGGUGGGGCGCUGAGGCUGCUUGAUCCCUCCAUGUCUCAGUAGCCAAGGAGCGUCCUACACCAGCCUGCCUUCCCACAGAGACUCUCAUACUCAGUGCCUUGUGAUUUCUGCUCUCAGAUUCUUCGAGACUGGCCCAGGGUCCUGGGCUCUUGGUAGAGUGUAGGGAUGGGAGGGGCUCUGUGCCUUGGCCUCUCCUUUCUCUGGCAGAGACAGCAGGGGCUUCCCAGAGCCCCUACCAUCAGCCCAGCCCAGCUCCCUGCCCACUCUGCUGCCUCCGGGCUCAGGUCCAGCUUAUUGUUGGAGCUGCCUGAGGUUAGACCAGAGACUUCCUUCUUCCUCCCAAUGCCUUCUGGCCAAAGACAGGGCCCUUGCCUGGGCAUUUGGGGACUGGGUGUUGCUGGAACUAAUUGAAGCUUUUAAACCCUUUUAUUUUUUAUUUUUUUUAAAUAAAUGACAAAACUUUUGAUUGA